UGGUUGCCUUCACAGUGGUUUACUAUGGUAAGGCACUACAGUUGAUAUUGGACGAUCACGAUGGACGCACGAAGACGCGAUAGAGAACAAAUUGGGUUAUGUGGGGUUGACAGAAUUUGGGGUAAAUCACCAACACGCAUCGAAGACUCUGACGAAGAUGAGGAGCUUAACAGACACAAAGAUAGUAUCAUCACAAAGGAUAGGAAAAGAAAACAUGAGAUGAAAAAGAAGAAAAGCAAGAAGAUGAAAAAGGAAAAGAAAUCCAAAAAGCAGAAAAAGAAGAAACGUAAAAAAAAGAGCAAAAAGAGAUCAGACACUAGUUCUGAUAGUGAAUCGGAAGGAUUAGAGUGGGUAGAAAAAAAUGGCUCUAAUGAUAAAGCGAAAGUUAGAAAGGGAUCUAGUUCCGAUGACAGCGGUGAUGAAAGCAUAUUAGGUCCAGUUCAAAAACCACAUGUAACAUUGUCUGCUAAAGACUUUGGUAAAGCUCUUUUGCCUGGAGAAGGUGCUGCUAUGGCAGCGUAUGUUGCGGAAGGAAAACGUAUACCUAGAAGAGGAGAAAUUGGCUUAACCUCUGAAGAAAUUGCUUCGUAUGAAUCCGUUGGUUACGUCAUGAGUGGUAGCAGACACCGGAGAAUGGAAGCAGUUCGUAUUCGUAAAGAGAACCAAAUUUAUUCUGCUGACGAAAAACGAGCAUUGGCUAUGUUUAGUAAAGAAGAAAGACAAAAACGAGAGAAUCUUAUUUUGGGACAAUUUAGGGAAAUGGUUAAUCAGAAGUUAGCACAGGAGCAGAAAAGUAAAUAAGACAAUUAUAUAUUUUGUGUAAAAUGAAUGGUCUAUAUUUUACAUUAUCGAGUAAUGGUAAAGAAUGAUUGAUGAAGUGUUUGCAUAUGUACAAUUAUAUGUAUACAAGCUCUGAAUUAUGUGUAUAUAUAUAUAUAUAAUUAAUAAACGUAACUCGCGUAUUAUGUAACUAGUACUAAUUAAAGUCGAUUUAAACGAUUUUUAUUUUGAGUAAUUGAUAACAAUUUAUUGCUGAAUAAAUUUCACUAGAUAAGAGUAGAUAA